AUGAUUACCGAGGAUUUGGCCAUGCGAAAGGUGUGUGCCAAGUUUGUGCCAAGAGUCCUGAGUGAUCAACAAAAAGUGAAUCGUGUGCAAAUUUCCCAGGAAAUUCGGAGCUGUGUCCAAGAAAACCCAAAUUUCCUUGACAAUGUGAUUACCGGUGACGAAACGUGGUGUUUUGAGUACGACCCGGAGACCAAACGCCAGAGCGCCGAGUGGCACACCAACAAGUCCCCGCGUCCGAAGAAAGCCAGAAUGAGCAAGUCAAAGCACAAAUCCAUGCUCAUCUGCUUUUUUGACCGUCGUGGUGUGGUUCACAGGGAGUUCGUACCCCCUGGACAGACUGUGAAUGCCAGUUUUUACGUGGACGUGCUUGACAGGUUGCGCAAACGCGUCCUCCGCGUGCGGCCAGACAUGGCCGAUUCUUGGAAGCUUCACCACGACAACGCGCCGUGCCACACCGCGCUGCUGCGGGACCUUAAGGGAAACCGAUACAACUCCGUAGAAGACGUCCAAGAGGCCGUGACGGCAUCUCUGAAGGGUAUCCCGGAAAGCGAGUUCCAGAAGGCGUACGCGCAGUGGGAAUCGCGUUAUAUGCGUUGUGUCGAAGCACAAGGGUGCUAUUUCGAGGACUACUAA